CGAGAAGAAGCUGCUCGUCGCGUCGCCUCGUGCUCUCCGCCUCCCCCACCUCGCUUCCUCCUCCGCGCCCCCUUCGCCGAGGCCACAGCGUGAGCGUAUAAAGCGCCGCCCCCACCGCGCGCGUCCGCACCGCCACCGCCACCUCCACCUCCAACGCCGUCGCCGCCGCCCGACCCCUCUGCUAGCGCGAGACGAGACGGGACCAAUGGCGGCCGCUGCGUCCUCCACGCUGCACGGCGUCGGCGCCGUAGCCUCCGCCAAGCCCAGAUCCGCCGCCCCAGCGGCGGCGAGGAGGAGCGUGCGCGUGGCCGCGGCGGCGAAGGGAGGAGCGGGCUCGGCGCGAGGCAGGCUGGUGGCUCGCAACGCCGUUGCAGUUACGUGCUGGCUUCAUCCUCGCUUAUCUGUGAUGUGCUCGCGCUUGCAGCGUUGCGCUGAUUUAUUUGCUCUGUGGUAUGUGCAGGCGAAGGCGGAUGAGGCGGCCGCCGAAGCGGGAUCCAAGUCUGGCGGCCAUGAGUUGCUGAUGUUUGAGGCCCUUCGUGAAGCCUUGAUAGAAGAGAUGAAUUUGGAUCCAACAGUGUGUGUCAUGGGUGAAGAUGUUGGUCACUAUGGAGGUUCAUAUAAGGUGACCAAGGGCUUGGCUGAGAUGUUUGGAGAUCUUCGGGUUCUUGAUACACCUAUUGCUGAGAACUCUUUCACUGGCAUGGGAGUUGGAGCAGCAAUGAAAGGGCUCAGGCCAGUUGUUGAAGGCAUGAACAUGGGUUUCCUUCUCCUUGCCUACAAUCAGAUCUCGAACAACUGUGGAAUGCUUCACUACACUUCAGGUGGUCAGUUCAAGAUCCCGGUUGUGAUCCGAGGCCCUGGUGGUGUUGGUCGUCAGCUCGGUGCUGAGCACUCACAGCGUCUUGAGUCAUACUUCCAGUCAAUUCCUGGCCUUCAAAUGGUUGCUUGCUCUACUCCUUACAAUGCGAAGGGCCUGAUGAAGGCAGCUAUAAGGAGCGAGAACCCUGUGGUGCUGUUCGAGCACGUCCUCCUGUACAACCUGAAGGAGAAAAUCCCAGAUGAGGAAUACAUCUGCUGCCUGGAGGAGGCUGAGAUGGUGCGCCCAGGUGAGCACGUGACCAUCCUCACGUACUCCCGCAUGAGGUACCAUGUGAUGCAGGCUGCCAAGACCCUGGUGAACAAAGGGUACGACCCUGAGGUCAUUGACAUCAGGUCGCUGAAGCCGUUUGAUCUGCACACGAUCGGUAACUCCAUCAAGAAGACCCACCGCGUGCUGAUCGUGGAGGAGUGCAUGCGGACGGGUGGCAUCGGCGCCAGCCUGAGGUCCGCCAUCAUUGACAACUUCUGGGACUACCUGGACGCACCCAUCAUGUGCCUGUCAUCACAGGACGUGCCGACCCCGUACGCCGCAACUCUGGAGGACGCCACCGUGGUGCAGCCUGCACAGAUCGUGGCGGCUGUCGAGCAGAUCUGCCAAUGAUCGCAGUAUCACGACAUUGCUAAGUUACAUCGUUUGUGGAUUCGUAAACACCGUGUUCUAUUUGUUUUGCUAUGUAGCGACACUUGAUUGUGGCGUAGACAUAUGUUCUAUUUCCCAGUGGUGCAUAUUUUGCAAAAUUCAAUGCCCUGUGCUGGUCCUUGUUCUCCAAUGUUAGGUUUGAGCAUUUGUUUGCCACUUUGCCAGUGAUCAGUUCCCAUAAACAUUCUGGGGGUAUAGUGACAGCCUUUAAUACGUAUGAGAGUUGAUUCCA